AUGGCGCGGUUCAACGGAGCCACUGUUUUCCUCAUCAUCAUCGCCACCGUGUCCGUCUACAGCUGCGCCAUCAUCGCCGGCGCCGCACUCGGCCGAACACUGGACAGCUCCGCGACGACUAAGCAGACGCCGUCGGACAGGACCCUCCGCGUCAGCGUCAGCUUCAGAGGCCUCGCCAAGGACUUCGCAAAGGAGCUCUGGGGUGGUAAUCACAGGGAAGGACGGUCAGGCAGAGCUCUCGCCGGUGCGGGUGACGGAACUGCGGUACUGUCAUCAUCCCCCGCGAGCGUCUCGCUCUCACCACGAGCCAACAGGGCGGCCGCGGCGGAUCGCGAGUCAGCGCUGCAGCCCAUGCCAGUUGCCAACUACACGCAAGUGAACAGCAGGGUCAGGGAUGACGUCCACACAAGAGCAGCAGCGAGACCGUGGUCGAGGCACAGCAACUUCUCCGACGAGAUCACUGACGAGAAAAGGCCGGGAGGAAGAGGAGUGAUCAAGGUCGGGCCGUGGGGAGGAUCCGGCGGGGCACCUUUCUACAUGCGCGGCGGCCGCGGCGUGAGCGCCCCUCGCGUGCGCAGUGUCACCCUGCAGUACACCGACAACGCCAUCCAUUCCUUCUACCAAAGCUCAGACGAGCCCGUGGUGAAGCUGACGCUGGAACGAGCAGAAGGCGGUGGCCAAAGUAGAGCUCGUUUAACGGCUCUAGACUUAAUGCGGUCCCUCGCUGUUACUGAGGAAUCACCUCCGAACUAUGCCCAGCCCGAAUCAGGGGCUGGGAGCAGGGAAUUUUACGUCCCACCCGCCACCCACUUCAUAGCCACUGUCGAUGACUUAAUCGACAUGCCGGAUUACACCUCUGAAGACAUCGAUGGCGUGGACGACGAUGCCAGAGACGAACAAGGCCAAGACCCGCCGUUUACUGGACGCUGCACGGCCACCUCCACAUACAACGUGUAUAUGGUGGAUACACCCAAAGAAGAUGAUGGCGAAGGCAGAAAGGAUUCGGUUGAGGAGAAACCUGUUGAGGCUCCACCAAAGCGUCGACGCUAG